AUGAAAGUGCCACGUGCACCCAAGACUCGGUUUUCAAAAGCAAAAUACUGCCCUUGGUCCCUCCCAGACUACAAGAAGCUCCUACCCGCCAGUUUUCGGGACAACGUCAACUGUAAACUGCCGGACAACUGUUUCGGUGUAGAGUGUUGUGUGGACUUCUUCUUCGACAUCCCGCUGUUUGAGACCCCCCUCGUCAAGCACGUCCCCUUCUUCCUGAAGUUUGAACCGUGUAACUUCACUGUCGAGGUCGGCUUCGGGAGCUACUACCAUAAGGAAAGACUGUUGACAUACAACUGGGGCUUCCUCGUUGACCUGAGUGUCCACACGUGUAUUCCUAUAGAUGGUGACAGCUUCUGUUACCCAGAAGGAGGCAUGACGCUAAUGAAUCAGGAGAAGAUACCUGCCUGUGAUGCUAAUGCGCUGGUCGAGUUCACAAAACAAAAUUUCACAGUUUCUGAUUGGCUGCGUGACCUUGACCUUGACAUCAACCUGAAGUCCCUCUCCCAGGCAGCUGCCAGGAUGCUACUUGACAAGUUCGGCAUCUCCGUGUACCUGCUGGACCAGAGAUGUGAUGUGUCUAGACCACCAUACAGCCCUAGUGUUGACGGCUGGAGGAAUGAAUGCCCCAAGAGUAUUGGCAAGCUGCCCGAGCUUCCAACAGAUCUGUACUGCCACCUAGCGGACACAUGCACCAAGAUAAACUGCUGUUUCCACGUCCCCUUUCUGGAGAUGUCCUUCAACGCCCUCCUCAACGUCGAUAUGUGCGACUACGUCAUUUAUGCUGCCAUCGAGAACAAAACUACCACCAUAGGAAUGUUAGGGGAUGAUAUUGACCUUGAUGCUGGUACAUCAAUGGUGCUGGACAUCGCCGAUGUCUUCCAGAUCAAAUUUGGUUUGAAGAAGAAAGACAAGGUUCUGCACCUUGAUCUUGACAUCGAGGUGUGUUUGGAGAAGGAUUCCUCUUGUCUGUGA